AUGGAACAUGAUGCGUGCGCCAAUGGAGCAUUCAAUCCGCCUCUUUGGCGUCAACGACGAACAUUUAUAUGCGAUCAACUACUGAAAUACCGAGCUAUCAGUGUACUCGAUUACGGUUGCGGCGAAGGAUCGGUACUGGCAUUCUUGAUUCCCAAUGUCCAUGACGACGUUCAUAUUACCAAACUGGCCGGAUUAGACCUUGAUGCUGAUGUUCUUCAAGAAACCAUUGCGCGUUGUGAACCUUGGGACAGUGAUUACCGAGACUUGCGUGAAACACCGCUUCAGAUCGAUAUUUAUCAAGGAUCGAUUGAUCAACCGGAUUCGCGUUUGAUGGGAUUUGACGCCAUUGUAUGCUCCGAAGUCAUUGAACAUGUUUACGACGAUGUACUGGAACCAUUUUUCGGCAUCACAUUGGGUCUCUAUCGCCCAAAGAUUCUGAUUGUCACCACGCCCAACGCUGAAUACAAUGUUUUUUUUGAUGAAUUGCGGUGCGGUACCUUUCGUCACGACGAUCACAAGUUCGAGUGGCCACGCCAUACGUUUGAAGACUGGUGCAAUGACGGAGGUCGAAAAUACGGUUACAGUACUGAAUUUCACGGCAUUGGUCUGCUCAAUGGGAAAAAGGAUUGUUUGGACAAAGGCCACAGUACGCAAGCAUGCGUUUUCGUUCGCCAAGAUGAUCAUGAACCUGUCGUCAUCAUUGAAAAGCAAUCACAUACUUUAUUGAAACACAUCGAUUUCCCUUAUUACGAUGAACCGCCGUUAUCCGAUCACGACAUGGUGCAAAUAAUAGAAAAAUACAUAGAAAUGCUGUGUCAAGCCGAAUGUUGCAACGGAGACACCGAAAGUCACGCUUCAUUGGAAGAUACUUCACCAAGCGCCCUGGAAUGGUGCGUGGAUUGGUCCAACGAAGCGAUGCCAGAGACCGUCCCCGUCACAGUGGAGCCUCCGAAGCGUCCCGUUCGGUGGACCCGAGUUCCUUUACAUCUUCCCAUCUCUUCUCUGUGGAGUAUUCUCCAGGUCCGUCAAGUGUGCAAACAGAGACACCAUCUAUCUCGUGUCCUGCUGGCCACAGGUCGCUAUGAGCAGGAUGGUGAUCAUCUUAUUGUCCACCAAUCCUUUCCCAUGGUGGAGCAAGAUGAUUAA